GGCGAUGGCUGGCGGCGCGCGCGUGUUGGGCGCUGCGCUUCCGCGAGCGCGUCCGCUAUAAGAACCCGCCGGCCGUAGCCCGGGGCACUCCGCCUCCGACGAGCAUCGCAGACAUGUACAAGCUGAGCAUCGUGCUGGUGGCAGUGGCGCUGUGCGCCGUGCAGGCGGCCCCCGCCCCCAGGGCGUCGCCCGGCCUGCUGGCGGCCGCCCCCGUGGCCUACGCGGCCGCCCCCGUGGCCUACGCCGCCCCCGCCGUGGUGACGGCGCACAGCUCUCAGGUGGUGGCGCAGAACUUCCACGCGCCGCUCGUCGCCGCCGCCUACGCCCUGCCGGCCGCCGUCCACGCGCCCGCCGCCGCCUUCGUGCUUUGAGGGUGCGCCACACCACACCACGAGCACCACGGCCUCCCAGCGCCACGCCGCCUGCUGCACCCACACCAGUGUACAAAUGUAGAUAGCCGCCAACUGCAAAUAAACAGCUGAAAAACAA